AUGUGGCCCAAUUUCAUUGCCGCGGCGCUUGCUCUCUUCUUUGGUGGUUUGAGCUAUGCCUUUCCUGCUGAACCGGAGAUGGGCCUUUACAACUUACUUCCUGGACGUGCCAAUGACAAUGUUAGCCCCGACAACGCUUGUGGAAAUGUAGUUGCGGGUGCAAACAACGGCUACUUCUGCGAAGCCACCAAAGAUGAUGGAGGAUGCUGUUCACAAUAUGGGUACUGUGGGAGCUCAACAGACUACUGCUUAACCGGGUGUCAACCGAAUUUUGGCACUUGCUCAACUCCCCCAUCCCAACCUAUCGAGGACAAUUUUCUAUGCGGGCCUCAGAAUCAGGGAGAGCUAUGCUCUGACAGCCUGUGUUGCAGUCAAAAUGGAUAUUGCGGAAGCACAGACGACUACUGUGGUGGUGGAUGCCAGCCUGCUUACGGACAAUGCAAGACAGACCUGACUCCUCCCACUGGGAAUGACAAGUGCGGUCCCCAGAACCAGGGAGCAACUUGUUCCGGCAACCAGUGCUGCUCCGUUGAGGGUAAUUGCGGUACAACGUCAGACUACUGCGCUGACCCGAGGAACUGUCUGCUCGGGUACGGUAGAUGCGAUUCUGAUACCACGCCUGCUGGACCGUCUACUGUGAAUGUUGCUAGACCUCUGAAAGGCCCAGUUCCUUACACAGAUGAUAUAGACGACUGCAUUCAGGAUAACGUGGUGGCGCUUUCAUUUGAUGAUGGACCAUCUAUCUAUACGUCUAGGAUCUUGGAUAUACUGAAAGCAUAUGGUUACCACGCCACCUUCUUCAUCAGCGGGAACAACAACGGGAGGGGAGCAAUCGAUACCACAUCUCCCUACCCGGACUUAACCAGGCGUAUGGUCGCCGAGGGCCAUCAAGUAGCAUCGCAUACUUGGUCCCACUAUUCGCUUUUGAACGUCACUCAUGACCUACGCAUCUCGCAGAUGGUCAAGAAUGAAAUGGCUUUCAACAAUAUCAUUGGGAUGUGGCCUACUUAUAUGAGACCUCCAUAUUCCGAUUGCACCAAAGAGUCUGGGUGCUGCGAUGAUAUGUUGGCUCUGGGGUACCAUCGGGUUUACUUUGAUCUCGAUACUGAGGACUAUCUUCAUCCGCUCCCGUCGCAGAUACAGAGGUCGAAGAACAUUGUGAAGAAGGCUCUGGCUGACAAAACGGCUACUGAUUACCUUUCUAUCCAACAUGAUAUUGUUGAGCAAUCUGUCACUAACCUUUCGGCAUAUUAUUUCAAUGUCAUCAACGCCAGAGGUUGGAGGGGUGUUACGGUUGGUGAGUGCCUGGGAGACACGGAUACGUCGAACUGGUACCGUUCUUUCAAUAAUUGA